AGAAAAGGUGCACCACCAGCGUGGCAACAGAAGGAUGGGUACGGACAUUGGGAGAAAGUGGUCGCUGGUGGCGAUGUUUUCCAUCGCGCUGACUCUCUCCAGUGUGCAGGCCAAUGAGGUCGUAACGGUGGAUGAAAGUAACUGCAACAUCAAACCGACCGUGAUAAGCUGCGAAAAGAAUAAGCUAGCGUACAGUGUGGUGGUGCCCGAUUCCCAUGGAGGUCAGAUCGUCUUCAACCACAACAUCGAACGGAUACCGGCGACUAAGCCUCCGCGACCGACGCGCAAACGCCGACCCGCUGCGAAUCGCGCCGAACGUGUCGGCGUCUUCCGUACCUUGCUGCGGGAGAAGGCCUCUGCGCUGAAGGAAAAGAUGGCCCUGCUGAUCGCUAGGCGACGGGCGCAGAUGAGACGGCAGCGUAACCGCGUCAACAGUAGAGCACGUGCUCGAUAA